UGAUUACUGUCGAUCAUGAACUUUGACCUUCGGCUGUGUGGAUUUUCUUGCUAUUGUCCCGUAUCGAUGCGCAUGGCCAACACCAGACAUUGGCAUCGCGGUCAGUGAGCCGUGGAUGACCGGAGGCGAUGAUGAGAGGGUUUCUGAUUGUGGUCAGGAAGCGCUGAGUCAGCCGAGGGGAAAGAUCCCUGCUGGGAGUAGGAUGGUGUGCUACGUCACUGUGUUAGUCACACUGGUGGUCUGCGCACAAACCGGAAGCUGGUAUGUUCCAGACUCGGGUGAGUUGUGUCUGUCUCUGCGUCUCUGCCCUAUUGUCUGGGGUGAAGAUGUCUGAUUGUGUGAAGAUGCCUGGAUGUCUGUGUAAAGACGUAUGAUUGUCUGUGGGAGGAAGCCUGAUUGUUUCAAGAUGUCUGACUGUGUAUAGGAAGAUAUCUGAUUAUUUGCUGUUGCCUGAUUUAUGAAUUCAACUGAGACUUUUUUGCACAUAUAGAUUUUGAUUUGUUAAUUAUUAUUAUUAUUAUAUUUUUUACUAGUCUUUAAAGACAUGGGGCUCCCACAAAUUGUUCUUAACAGAUAUAAAAAUCAUAUCAUUUAUAAAUAUGGAUCCUCACACUAACAAGGUUUCCGACCCCCGUAGACUGUUCUUAAGACGGUUCUUGCAAAUAUUUGUUUUCAAUUUUUGGCUAAAUCUCCUGUUAUAUUUAUGUUUGGAUUCGUCACUAAAUUUUUUGUUUAUAUUGUUUUUGUUUUUUUUUUUAAUAUAUAUUUCAUCGCCAACUUCAGUUGACAGGGCAAGUGCCGUGACAAGGUUCAUCUUCGUCAAGAACCAGGUCACUUGGCGCGUGGCUUACGAUGCUUGCGGGAAAUUGGGCGGGACCCUCGCACGGAUUGACACGCCUUACCUCCAGGAAAAGAUAACUUCGUUCAUCAGCACUGAUUGGCAUUCAGAGUGCGUACCCUUUGACGCGCCGUUUGCAUCGUUACGUCAUGGGGCAACAACUGUUACUCUCGACAGUGCCAUUAGAAAGGACGUUUGAAUUAAGUUUUUACUAUCACUAAAUGAUCUCGGAUGUUAAAACUAAAGUAGGCGUGCAUCAGUGGCGUGGGACGUGGGAGGGUGCUUUCCGCUUUUCAUAGAGGGGUGGAAUUUUCGACCAACUGCAGAGUUUAUUUUUUUGUUAAAUGAAACGGGGGGGGGGGGGGGGAAAAAUUUUUGCCCCACCCGGGGUGGCAGGGGUGGGACGUGGGAGGGUGCUUUCCGCUUUUCAUAGAGGGGUGGAAUUUUCGACCAACUGCAGAGUUUAUUUUUUUGUUAAAUGAAACGGGGGGGGGGGGCGGAAAAAUGAUUGGCCCACCCCGGUUGGCACUAGCCCAAACUACGCCACUGAGUUAUUGUAUUCCACCAGGCAAGUCUUUCAUUGUCUGAUCCAUCACAGUUGACUUAGCGUGUUUCUUCUCCUGUCAUUAUCCACUCCACCCCCAUUUUCUCCCCUCUCUCCCAGUUGGGACAACGCAUGGAUUUCCUUGAUAUGGCGCUCCACUUC